AUGCGAAAUGUCUCGAAUUCCAUCGCUGAGAAGAUACUACAUCCAGAUCCCCAGGCUGUUGACUACCCAGCCACUUGGGAUAAUCCUCCUUAUAGUAUUUCAGAGGGGCAGGGGGUCAACGAAACCAGGCGAAUGCUCGAAGAAUAUACCUCGACUUGUCCAAACUCCGACAUUGUCCUUCUCGGCUACUCUCAGGUCAGUCUACUGCUCUAUUAUAUUCCACCAGUUUAUGCUAAGCUAGUAUGGCUCUCUAUGAAGGGGGCUCAAGUCGUAGCCGAUGUUCUCUGUGGAACUAGCGAAUCAGGUUUCCAUCCUUCAUCCCCAUUACCAUGGGGUAUCGGUCAGAGCGUGAAAGCAGCAAUUCUGAUGGGUGACCCUAGCCAUCGACAGACAGCUCCCUAUAAUUUCAAUCAUACUGGAAGUGGGAAUCUGGAUGAGCUUUAUCCCCGGAUGCGAAACGUGCCAUGCUCUCCUUAUACUGGUAUUAUCCGAUCAUAUUGUGAUAAGGGAGAUUACAUAUGCAGCUUCCAAAACGUUACCAAAUUGGAUGCGGGUGUGCGAGAAGAUAUUGAGAGUCAUUCCGUCCCGGGACAUGAUAAAUAUGUGGAACGCUACCUCUUAAACGCGGUAGAGUUUGUGCUGUCAAAGCUAGGAUAUAUUCAUGAUCAUUCUAUCUAG